AUGCCGUUUAGUCCGCCUAUUGACUAUGUUCAUUUGCGGAGUAAUGAGAGCCAUAUGCAGUUGAUUUCAAUGGAUGGAAGCGAGACUCCCAGUACCUCGCCCUGCUUUAAUGGACCCCCGCCACGUGAACCUCCACCUAACGUCAUCUUCAUUCCGGGAAAGGGUACUGCUAGAUGGUGGAGAAACCGAACAACUUUGGAGAAAAUUUUACUUCCCGCUAUUUUUCUUUUAUUAAUUCUCUCGACCGUACUUUUGGUUGUGAUACUGACCUUAGAUAGACGACGAGGGGAUGAUAUACUGGCUACAUCUUCAACAACUCCUCUUCCAUCUUCAACGACAAUCUUAAUAACUUCUCAAGCGAUUACAUCCACAACACCACUGCCUAAAGCGGAGAAGAUAGAAAUAUGUACCACACCAGGAUGUGUUCGAGCUGCUAAUAAUCUCCUCAAUGCCAUGAACCAAUCGGCGGACCCUUGCGAGGAUUUUUAUGAGUUUGCUUGUGGCGCAUGGAACGCUAACAAUCCCAUACCGGAUGACAUGCCUGCAUCGGGAACGUUUUCAAGCGUACGUGAACAAGUCCGUUUACAAUUGAGAGUUUUACUUGAACAAGAAAUAGUUUCAUCCUCUAAGUCGAUUAAUAUGGCUCGGGUGUCAUAUAAAACAUGCAUGAAUAAAACACAAUUGGAUGAACUCAAAUCCGCGCCAUUGAUCGAAUCACUCAAAACUUUAGGCAAUUGGCCAAUACUGCAGAAAGGACAGUGGGAUGAGAGUACUUUCUCUUUAACAGAUUUAUUGGCUCGCGUACGAAGACAAGAGGGAGCUGAUGUUUUCUUCCAGGUAUACGUCUAUGGAGACGCAAAAAGAACUACGAAAAACGUGCUCUAUAUUGAUCAAGGAACUCUCACCUUAGGUCGAGGGUCUCGUGACUAUUAUCUGAACAAUACGCUUUUUGCUAAUCAUGUUGAUGCAUACCGACAGUACAUGCUCGAGGGCCUCAAACUGCUUCUGCUGGAUUUGAAUAUUACUCGAGAUGAUAAUAAGCUGCUUUCAGAUAUAAAUGAAAUUAUUGAAUUUGAAACAGAGCUGGCCAAGAUAACCGUACCGGAAGAUGAAAGAAGAAAUAAUACACGUAUGUACAACAAGAGAACAUUGAAAGAUCUUUCGGAAUACUUGCCUCAGGUGGAUUGGGUGAACUAUUUCACAACUAUCUCUCCCCCAGACAUUGUUCAUUUAUUUGAUAAUGAUACCGAGAUAAUCGUUUGCGAAGUGGAGUUCUUGUCGAAGGUUUCUGAACUUAUUAAAAAUACUCGAUCCGAGCUCUUGGUAAACUACAUACUUUGGAAAGUAGUUCAAACCAAUGUGCGUUAUCUAGACGAACGUUUUGAUGAUAUAAAACAAGACUUUGUCCGUGUCAUGACAGGACAGAUGCAAAGAUCACCAAGAUGGAAAGAUUGCGCCCAGGUACCAAGUACGAUACUCCCUCAAGCUGCUGGAGCUAUAUAUGUAAAUGCUCAUUUUGCUUCAGAAGAUAAAAAAGAAGCCAUGGCAAUGAUAGAACUACUGAGAUCGUCUUUCACAGAAUUGGUGAAAACUAGUGACUGGAUGGAUGAAGACACUAAGCUGAUAGCUGUAGAAAAAGCUAAUUCCAUGAUCAACCAUAUUGGCUAUCCAGAAAUUGUUAAAAAUAAUGCUAAAUUGGACAAGGAAUACGAUGAGCUUGAGAUUUUGAAAUCAGACACGUACUACUUGCUAAUGCAGAAAGCUGUUUACUGGAUGCAGAACAAAGAAAUGAGGAAACUUCUCAAAGAGUUUGACCGUCGAGAAUUUGAUAUCUCACCAGCUGUCGUAAACGCUUUCUAUGCUCCGGAACGUAAUGCAAUUUCUUUUCCUGCUGGUAUUUUGCAACCUCCUUUCUUCAGUGGUUCAUUUCCUAAAGCUGUAAACUAUGGAGCCAUGGGCGCAGUUAUUGGACAUGAAAUCACUCAUGGCUUCGAUGAUCAAGGAAGCCAAUACGAUAAAACGGGAAAUCUUCAGAACUGGUGGAGCUCUAAAUCGAUGGCUGCUUUUAAUGAAAGAAAACAAUGUAUUGUUGAUCAGUACAGUGAUUAUGUCGUUCCUAAAACAACGUAUAGGGUGAAUGGCAAGCUAACUCAGGGAGAGAACAUUGCUGAUAAUGGAGGAUUGAAAGAAGCAUAUCAUGCCUAUCAAAAUUAUGUGAAUUCCAAUGGCGAGGAGAAACGACUACCAGGAUUAGAACAAUACUCAAACAAUCAAAUAUUUUUUUUGAGUUAUGCUCAUUUCUGGUGUGGACAAAAGAAAGAUGCCGCUGCUAUGCAGCAAGUGUUAACUGACGAACACUCUCCAGAGGUUUUCAGAAUUAAAGGAGUUCUUUCAAACUUGGAACAGUUCUCGGAAGCUUACAAAUGUUCAAAGAGUAGCGCUUUCAACCCAGACAAGAAAUGCGUGGUUUGGUGA